AUGGUCGGUCGCUGGGGGCUCAUCUUCUUCCUGCUCGGAUGUGCGCAAGGAGGGAGAGUUUGCUAUGGAGACCUUGGGUGCUUUACAGACGAGCCUCCAUGGGGGGGCACUGCUGAGAGGCCGCUGGGGUUAUUACCCAUGUCCCCGGAAGCGAUUAACACUCGUUACUUUUUGGUCACUAGAGAAAACCCUGAUUACUUCCAGGAGAUCAUCAGUCAUUCGUCAGUUUCCACAUCCAAUUUCAAACCCAAUAGGAAAACGCGUUUCAUCAUUCACGGCUUCGUUAAUACGGCAGAGAGGGGCUGGCAGAUGGAGAUGUGCCAGGCGAUGUUGGAAGUGGAAGACGUGAACUGUUUCUGCAUUGACUGGAGAGGGGGGUCCUUCACCCUAUACACCCAGGCCGCCAAUAACAUCCGCGUGGUGGGGGCGGAGCUGGCCUCUUUUAUUGGCUACCUCUCUAAAAUUUAUGAUUACUCUCCAUCUAUGAUCCAUAUUAUUGGACACAGCCUGGGGGCCCACACUGCCGGGGAAGUUGGGAAGAGGGUGCCCGGCAUUGCUCGAAUAUCAGGACUGGAUCCGGCCGGGCCCCUGUUCCAGAACACCCCGCCCGAGGUCAGACUGGAUCCCACGGACGCUGACUUUGUAGAUGCCAUUCAUACAGACACAUCUCCGCUGAUCCCCAAAAUAGGUUUGGGAAUGGCCCAGUCAGUUGGGCACCUGGAUUUCUUUCCAAACGGAGGGCAAACCAUGCCCGGAUGUGGGAGCAACAUAAUAACCAGACUACUAGACAUUGAGGAACUGUGGGGAGGGGUAGAUAACUACUUGGCGUGCAACCAUCUCCGGAGCUACAAGUAUUACACAGAGAGUAUCCGCACUCCCGAUGCCUUCGUUGCAUUUCCCAGUGAUACGUAUGAAGCGUUUAUGAAGGGUACGGGAUUCCCAUGCCCCAGUACUGGUUGCCCUUUAAUGGGGUACUAUGCUGGUUUCUAUGGUCGGGGCACACUGAGCGGCCUGCCAUUAUACUUGAAUACUGGAGACGUUAGCCCUUAUGCACGCUGGAGGUACAAGGUGACUGCCAAGACCAGCGGCACUUUGAGUUUUAUGGGGGACAUGAAAGUGACUUUACAUGGACUCAAAGGGAACUCCAAGGAACAUGAGAUUGCCAGUGGGUACAUUGAACCCGGAGGCACCUACUCAGCCUUCAUUGAUGCCGAGGCCGACGUCGGGCCCCUCAUAACCCUGAGUUUCACCUGGAAAAAGAGCCUCAUCGACCUCAUUCCGGGCACAGUCGGCGCCGACACUGUAACCGUGCAGUACGGGAGGGACGGACAGACGUACCAGUUUUGUGGCAAAGAGCAGGUCAGGGCCAAUGUGCUCCAGAGCCUGACUCCCUGUGACUCCCUGUGACUCCCCGUGACUCCCUCUGACUCCCACUGACUCCCUCU